AUGGAUAUGGCAUCGGAUGAAGAAAUCAGACGAGAACUAGAAAAAAUGGAAGCAAAAGGCAGUCAUAUUCUUAAUCAAUCAUUGGAAAUAACAAGAAAUUUAGUUACUUUAACUCAGCAGACAGAAGCAAUUGGAUCACAAACUCUCGUUGUUUUAAAUGAACAAGGAGGAAAAUUAACUCGAAUAGAAGGGGGCAUGGAAAAUAUUAACAACAACAUGUCUGAAGCUGAAAAAAGUCUAGCUGAUGUCGAAAAAUGUUGCGGUAUAUGUCCCUUACCCUGGAGAAGGACAGGAACUAAUAACUUAAAAAAAUAUCGAUAUAGCACAAAAGAAAUUUGUGAUAAAAUUAGCAAGAAUCUUCCAGUUACUAAACAACCAGCAAAUACGAGUGCGAUCAGUAAAUCCCAAGAUAGCGAUUAUAAUCAAAAUAUUUCCAACGACUUCAGAGAAAUUAAGAUAAAUGAAGAUUUACUCCGAGUUGAAGGCCACCUUGAUAAAUUGUGUAUACAAGCUCGUACUAUGACUGAUCAACUAGAUACACAAAAUGAACAAAUUGAUCGAAUUAUUGACCAGGCUGCACAGAACAGUGAUCGCAUCGGAAAUGCAACCAAAAAGACUAUUAAAAUUUUACAUAAAUCUUGA